AUGGGAGCCUGGGAGUCUCACACGCAGAGGUUCACCUCGAAUGGUGAGGCAUCCCUUUUUGAGGUGAACAUCCGUUACGUCGGCGGGUUGCUUUCAGCGUACUACCUGACAGGAGACGAGCUUUUCAGAAAUAAAGCAGUGGAGCUGGGAGAAAAGCUGCUACCAGCCUUUAACACACCAACAGGGAUCCCCAGAGGAGUCAUCAACUUGGGGAGUGGCACCAGUUGGAGCUGGGGCUGGGCUUCAGCUGGCAGCAGCAUCUUGGCUGAGUUUGGGACCCUUCACCUUGAAUUUGUGCAUCUGACAGAGCUAUCUAAGAAUCCUGUCUUUGAAGAGAAGGUGAUGAGCAUCAGAAAGCUCCUGAACAAGAUCGAGAAACCUCACGGCUUGUAUCCCAACUUCCUCAGUCCAGUCAGCGGCAACUGGGUCCAGCAUCAUGUUUCCAUCGGUGGCCUCGGAGAUAGUUUCUACGAGUAUUUGAUCAAAUCCUUCCUAAUGUCAGACAAGACAGAUGUGGAAGCAAAGAAGAUGUAUUACAGUGCACUUGAUGCGAUUGAAGCUAACCUGGUGCAGAAGUCACCUGGUGGCCUCACCUACAUGGCUGAGUGGAGGGGCGGCAUCUUGGACCACAAGAUGGGUCACCUGGCCUGCUUCUCUGGGGGCAUGAUUGGCAUCGGAGCUGAUGAUGGUGUACCAGAGAAGAGGCAGCAUUACCUUGACCUCGCUGCCGAAAUCACACACACAUGCCAUGAGAGCUACACCCGCUCAACAACUAAACUGGGACCCGAGGCCUUCAGAUUUGACAGCGGAGCAGAAGCUACUGCUACAAGACUGAGUGACAGAUACUACAUCUUGCGACCAGAAGUCAUCGAGAGCUACAUGUACAUGUGGAGACUGACCCACGACCCCAAGUACAGAGACUGGGGAUGGGAGGCUGUGGAGGCUCUGGAACAGCACUGCAGAGUGGAGUCUGGUUUUUCGGGGAUCCGGGAUGUUUAUACCAUGACAGCCAGCCACGACAACAUGCAGCAGAGCUUCUUCCUGUCAGAGACACUUAAGUAUCUUUAUCUGCUCUUUUCUGACGAUGACCUCCUCUCUCUGGAAGACUGGGUCUUUAACACCGAAGCUCAUCCGCUGCCUAUAAUCCGUAAGAGCUGCCUGCAGGAUGAAGUAACAGAAGAAAAGACCGUCUCUGAAUAAAACCACUCACCAACCAAGACGUAGAUAAUUCUGCACAAUUUAUGUGUGCACAGUCAAACAAAAGUUGCAAAUACCAAUUCAGUGCAGAUUCAGGGUCUUAUAAGGAGUGUGUGGUUGACUCCCUGUUCCUUUCAAGUAAAGGAUGUUGUCGUUUUAUGCUGUGAUUGUAUAUCCUUUCGCCGAGGUUCCUUCCUACUGGCACUUCUUUUUUGCGGACAAUCAAAACAAACAUGACUUUCAUGAAGAGAUACCUUUUUCUUUCCUUCUUUCCUCUGUGAGGAAACCACUUUAACGUACAGACCCAAAUGUAUGGGAGAAGGUUUGAACUAUGGGCUAUACUGUCAGAGAGAUACGAACCACUUGAUUUUCGAUCAUUAUUUUAGUUUACUUUUACUGAUGACGUUUUCCCUUUAGACUUACUUCUGCUUUUCUUUUGUGAACUCUUUAGCCAAAGGUUCUAUCUGUCGCCCUCUUUUAAAGUAAACUGUUUUGAUGAAAUUUAAAGGAAAGAGUGAAAUAAUGUACAGAUAAACACAAAAUGUGACUCUCUAAUCCACCUCGAAACUAAUUUUGAUGUCAUGUUUCUUAUUGAAACAAGGAUGAAUGCAUUUUUUUAAAGGACAGAGAUGUCAGGAAAGAGGCUUUGUCUUAUGCAUCCAGGGACCACUUAAAAAAAUGUGUUUCCAGUCUAUGCUCUGGUAAUUUUUUUGUUUUCCCAACAGAACCGUGUUUGCUUAGCCUUUCACAAUACAAUGGAGCACUCUCCGUCCUUUCACUGUAAAAACAAAGCAUCAAGAAAAAAAUGAAGACAUCUGUGAACUAGCUUCAGAUGCCUUUUCUUUUGGGAGUUUUCCUGCCUUCACAUACAGCCACAGUGAUGUUGCAGGUUUUUAAGCUGCAGAGACAAGCUUUUAUUUUCUAUCACUGUUCUGUUAACAGUUGCUCUUCUGCACAGUCGUGGAGUGAAUGUGCUAUAUAUACAGACGAAGUGAGUGGCACCUGUGUGAGCUUUGUCUUUUCUUAAGUUUCUGUCUCUUUUUCGUUAUCUUUUUCUAAAACUUCAGUCAUUGUUUUUCUGGGUUCUCUUUAAUUUGCUUCCCUCAGGUGUUUCAGUAAAAAAAAAAAAAAAAAAAAGUCUAAUUUUAAGUCUAGUUAUUGCUGAUAUUAAUUAUUGUUAUGACCAAUUCUUACUGUUUGAUUUUAUUUUGAUUGUUAAAUAUUUUCAAAUACUGAUUAAAAAGAAACUGUGCAACU